CCUACAUACAUAUCGUUUGUAAUUUAUUAUUGAUUGACCCGUGACCGAUUCUACGAGUCGAGUGACGCCGACGCGGUGCCCAGCCCACCGUGUCUAGUGAAUUAUUGCACAAAUAUAUUCAAUAAAGUGUAUCUUUUGUGUAACAUUGAAAAAGAAGUUGUGUUUAAAAUACCCUGCCGGUGGACGUAUCUCUUGUUUGUAUUUCUAUUAUUUUCAGUGUUGUGAAAUAGUAAAAAUGUCAUUGUACUACGAAGAAGAAGAAGACUGGGAACUACCCGUGGUGUUGGGCGACUCUUCCGUUGAUGACUCGAUUACGUACGAGAUGCCGUCGGCAGAGGAAUUGCUAGAGCUGCGCGCUAAAGAACUCGAGUGCCAGGAAGAGCUGCAGCGCCUGCGCGAGCUCGAGGAGGGCGACGAGGAGGCGCAAAAGACUCUCGCCGCCGAGCUGUCCACGCUGCUGUGUCUGCCGCCGGCGCGCCACCGCCCCCCCGCCGCCGAGCUGUGGGCCGCGCUGGCGCCGCACGUGCCGGGCGCGCCCACGGGCGACGAGGCGCCCAUGUUGCAGGCCGGCCUGCUGGAAGCGCAGAUGCCGCAGAUCGUGCAGGCGCUGGCGGCCGGGGUCAAGUCCGCGGCGCGCUGGUCCGACGCCGACAUGCUGGGCUCUUGCGCUCUUCUUACGGUCGCCGUGUUGAUGGAGAACUCGCCCAACCGUCGGAAAGCAGUGCGCACGUUACAUGCGCUCCUGGACCGGUACGCGAACCGGGAACAGUUGAUGGCCGUGGCGUACAUGAUGGUGACGGCGUUCCCGGCGGACUCCGCGGCGCGGCUGGAGCUCAUCGACCAGGUGUGCAGCGGUUCGUGCUCAGGCGGAGACCGCAUCGCCUACAUCCUCAACAGCACGGCCAUGCUGGACCUGCUGGGCGCGGGCGGCCGCGCGGACGGCGCGCCGGCCACGUUCUGCGCGCCCAGCUUCAUGCAGGUGGCGCGCGCGGCGGCGAACUGGCGCCACUGCGAGGCGGCGGCGCAGCAGCGCUGCAUCCAGCUGGCCGGCCGCCUGCUGACGGAGACGCUGGGCGGCGGCACGCCCGACACGGAGCCCGAGGAGCGCGCGCUGCUCCUCGAGCAUCUGCGCCCGGAUCCCCUCAUGGACAGCGAUACGCCGCAGAAGGAUAGAUUGAAGGUCAGUUUUUGGGAACCUUGUCCGCCUGAGAAUAUGCUAUCAUCAAAAUAAUAUUCUUUCUAUUUUUUCGUAUCUUAUUGAAAAAAUAACGUAGGGAGUAAGUGUACAAUUCGUACACUUGUAGUUGAUGUUGGAGUGUGCAGAGAAAAGAUCACUCGGAUAAUGUAACUAUAAACUUUAUUGCACCCGAGUUUAGUACAGUAUAGCACAGUCGGCAAUUCCUUUCUCAUUAGGUAAUUACUUCGUUAUUAGUAAAAACAAACUGUCGUCGACAAUAACUUGACAUGUGAUUAUAUACCUAAGCAAUAUCGCGCAAUCGUACCGAUCUUAAUGCCAGCAAAAUAUCUAUGUACCGUUGAAGACUGUACAUCUUGGCAACACCAAAAGGUCACAACAAAUGAGAGAAGGAAAUGCCAGUGCAAAGCAAAAUAAUCAUAGAGUAUAAUCGUAAGAUAAAUCGCAAAAAGUUAGUCAAGAUUGAAAUCUACGUUCCUAGUUCCGGAGUCGACGCUCCGAGGAAAUCUGACCGGUCGAAGUUCCUCGCUGCUGCUGUUGCUCGACGAUAAUGUGCCGCCUGGCUCUCACUACACUUACUACGAGUUUGCAGUGUAGUGAGGUACUCGUUUGACAAUGUCUUCCAGUAUUGAUGAAACAUAUCUUCGCAAAGUUGUCAUCUGCGACGUAAGUUAAUAUUGCUUGCAUUGCUAUAAUCCGCCAGCGGCAGUGACAAUAUAGGGCUGCCUGUGAGGAAAUGUCCAGGAGUCAAGCAGUUGUAGAACUCUUCUGAAUCUUCUGUAAGAGGACAUAGCGGCCUAGAAUUUAAGCAGGCUUCUAUCUUGGCUAGUAGUGCCACUCGACCUCUAAGUUUGCUAGUUUGCUGAAGACUUCUGGUGUUUACUUGCUUGAAUAAUUCAUACUCUUCGCGGAGUACUCUUGCAGCACCGAUGAAGUUUGUCUCACAGUCUGAGUACAUGUGUUUCGGUGUGGCGCGCCUUGCACAUCAACAGCC